AUGGCAGAUCAUCUAGGCCGUUUUUCGGUGUGUGACAGGGAGGAAACAAAGUUAGGCAAAGAAGUACCCAAGUCUCUGGCUUUCGACAACUUUCAGUCACAAACAGGACACGCAUACGGUGCUGAUCCAUCAAGUUUUGGCGCAGUUGAGGCCCCUCAACAUUAUUAUCAGGAAACAGUACCAUCGCAACAGCAACAAAACAUUCCAACAAAUCCUUAUGGGGAAAAUUACCAACAGUCAUUUAGCUCUUCAUAUGGGAGAGGAUAUGGUGCUCCUGCCCCAUAUCAGCCAGCACCACAGCCUCAAAUGUUUGUGCCAUCCCAAGCACCUCAAGUUCAACAGAUGAACAUUGCUACUCCACCAGUAACCCCUCAGACUACAGUAAAACCCUUCAUCCCUGCAACCCCUCCUGUGUUGAGGAAUGUGGAGCAAUACCAGCAGCCGACAUUGGGUUCUCAGCUGUAUCCAGGAACCGGCAACCCCAAUUAUCAAACAGGACCUCACGUUGGUGGUUCACUUGGCACUAUUCCAUCUCAAGUAGGUCAAGUUCCUGGACAUAAGAUGUCUCAGGUUUUGGCUCCGACCCCAGCAUCUAGGGGAUUUGUGCCGGUUACUAGUGCAAAGAUAAAGAAAGAAUGA